AUGAAUCAUCUUCUCAGAGUCUCCUGGAUAACAGAGAGAAAGAACUCCAAGCGCUGGGAUAAACACAUGAAGAACAGAAGCAUAGGAAACAAGAAACAGCUUGCGGUUUCCCGGCGUCCUGGGAGCGGCGGGUUCCGCCCCUUGGAGCCCGGAGCCGGCGGGGCUGCUGUCGCGGCCACCUCGGGCCGCUCUCCCCGCCCCGAGCGCCACACCUCGCGCCUCUGCCCCCGGGACAACGGCGCACAGCCUAGUCUGCCCCUGGGAGCGCACGGGCACCGGGCGGUCAGCCGCCGCCUCAGCCCCAGACGGACGAUUGCCCUCUCCCCGCCGGCGGCCCGGCGCCCCCCGCGGCGUCCCAGCCCCAACCCGGUACCCCCACCUCCCAGGCACAGCCCCUUCCUUGCCGGGACGCCUCGCGCCGCGCCGGGCACAGCCUCGGCUCUCAGCCUCCGAGACACCGAGGGACACUCACCUCGGAGGCUCCUCCCGCCGCUGCUGCUGCCGCCGCUGGGACCGCGGCCGUCGCCCCCGCCGCCGCCACCCGCACCGCCGUCCGCACCGGCGCCAACACCCCCGGCCAUCCUCUUCCUGCCGCCGCCGCCGCCCUCUCCGCUCCUGUCAGUGGCUCAGGCUCCCGGGCUGCUCCAGGUUCCCCUCGCCGCCAUUUUGACUCCUAGAGGGAGCAGGAGGGGCUCGGCUCGGCGCGGCCCUGGGGCGCCUGCGCGGCGCUGCGGAGCCGGCCCGAGCCCCCGCCCGCCCCCGCCGUCGCCGCGCCUACGGUCACGUGGGUUCGCGGCGCGCGCGCGCGCGCGCGCGCGCACGCGCCAGUCCGGGCCCGGGAUACGAGCUCGCAGGGCCCGGGAGCGGUUGAAGCCGAGUGCGCGCGCAUUAUUUCUUUUCCACGCUGGGGAGCGCUUCGCGGCACGCUCGGAGUUUGAAACUCGUUGCAGCAUUCUACUUCCUUCGGGGCGCUGUGACAAAUCAUUAAAUGUAUCGCAACGGAAUUAUAAUAACGUUCGUGGACGAUCAGUUCUACCAAUUCUUCCUGCCGCUUGGCGGCCGGCAUCCUGAUCGAUCGCACAUAUCUUGCGUUCUUGUCAAACACAGGACAGCGCUUCCGCGGAAAACUCCUGACAGUCUUGGCGUUUCGGCGGCUUCUAGGCGGUUUAUCUUCACCUCUGCCUGGUGCUUUUACAGACAGCACCUUGCUGCAUACUAUAGCAGGUUUAAAACAAAAAUCUCAAAGAAACGGAAAAGUUUUCCUCAACAAAAUGUCUCCGUAAAUGACGAGAAUUGUUGAAACCGCACGAUCUCUGCUUGGAUGAGUCAAAUCGCCCUUCCCUGGCUGCUCCUUGUCUGGGAGUUUGCAAUAAUUCCAGCGAUGCCACGACAAAAACACCUUAUAUUUAUGAAGCACCUUAUAGUACUUAAAACACCGUUAAACAUAUGGCUUCGUUUGAACACCAAGCCACCCUUUGAAGUCGUCGAGACAGAAACAUCAUUGCUUAUAGCAAUAAUUUGGUGCUGAUGGGUGAUCUGUACAGGACCGGAAUUGGACUUCAAGAAGAAGGAUACAGGUGGUUGGAGCUGAAAGUCAACCAAAUUGAACUUGAGUUGCCAGGACAUCUUGAGGUGGGUCCCAGGGACGGCAGUCUCCUGGCGGUCAUGGUUCCAGGCCACAAGUCCUACCACAUCACGCUUAUCUUUAGGCCCCUCCGUGCGGCAAAGCAAGACCAAAGCCAGCACAUGCCCCAUAUUAUUUCUUCUUCAAUCUUAAAGGUGAAAGAGCAGGUAUGGCUAGAGAGCUCAUCACCAAAGAAAAAAUGGAGCAGGAACCUGCAGAACCCUGACGUGCCUUGCCUGACUCUGGAAUGAUAAGGCCAGGGCUGUGUUGCAAGGUAUUUUCCAUUAGUUUAUCUUUGUCUUAAUCAACUAAGUAUUGCAUUAACUGAAAGAGUUGUUACUUGCAAACUGAGAAAUUCCAUGGUCCAUACCCUUUCUUGAUAAUUCAUUUUAAAAGAUAAUUAAUUUAAAAAGAUCAGUCCCCAUCAUUACACUUUCUCACUUAUUCCUGACCCUCCUUACUUGACUUUGGUUCUGCUUCCUAGACACAAUUUAAAAAACAAAAUUAAAACCAA